AUGUUGACACCUGCGAGCUCUGGGAAACCCUGGCCGAGUACACCAACGCCGCAACAUCCUACGAAGAUUUUUGCAAGGCAGUUUAUCGCCUCUACCCAGGAUCAGAAGAAGAGAGGAAAUGGCGAGUACUACCGCCAGUUCCUCGCGAUCACCUCUUUCCUCCUCAGCAAGGAUCGCAUCUCCACCGCCGAACAAGGUCGCGCCUUUACCCGCGGAUUUCAGCCCGAAUUAUGGGGCCGCAUCUCGCAACGCCUCCAGCUCAAGUUCCCAGAUCACUUUCCCGACGACCCGUACCAGUUACAAGACAUUCACAACGCCGCGAGAUUUAUCUUACAUGGCACCUCGUCGACAUUUCAACUUGCCUCCUCCGACAGUUCUCGCGCGACUCGCGGAACAAAGACCGAACCAUCGAUAAAAACCGAGGACCUCGCCACCAUGUUCGAACGCAUCGCGGAAACCUUCGUCAAAGCACUCGCAAACCAGCCCGCACAAGUCUCGACAAUGUCACAGCCACCACGCGCGCGUCGUGAUCCCAGUGGCUCGGACCGCUGCAUGUUUUGUGGAGGACCCGAUCAUUUCGUACGUGAAUGCGGUGAGGUUGCUGAAUAUAUCAGGGUUGGGAAGUGCAAGAAGAACACGGAAGGAAGGAUCGUAUUAUCAACAGGCGCAUUCAUACCGCGAGAAAUCCCGGGUAACAACCUCAAGGAUCGCGUCGAUGAAUGGCACCGUCGCAACCCUGGCCAGAUCGCCACCGGCUCGAUGAUGUUCACCGUUAACUCCCCUCCAGCACCAUCGGUCAGCAUCACCUCCCGACACGAUUCUCCCUCGCUCCUCGACGCAACUGCCAUGUACCAGUUAAUGGACGUCGAGAGGAUUCAAAGCCUUGAACGCGAGCUUUUCGCGCUACGCACCCGAGGAGGCGUCAGGACGCGAGCCCAGGCCCAGGUCGACCGCGACAGUUGGGAAGAUACGCCCGAGGUCGACAACCGCCACUCGAUGUCUCCUACCCCGGUGGUACCUCGAGAAGCGCCAGCCCACCAAGCCACAGCCUCGACAAGACCUCGCGCACCGGCGCUGGCAGAACCUCCAGUACACCCAUUCGCCAACGCCCCCGACGCCACCUACGCGCCGCCUCGCGAUCGCAACAUCGGGGUACUACCCAACGGUUCCGUAGUCAAGAAAGACGGUCCGGCAUACAAGAUGACGGCACCCAUCUAUGAUGAGAAAAUCGCCUCCGAGGUCUAUAACCGGGCAAUGUCGACACAAGUGACGCUUACUCAGCGCGAACUCCUCUCGCUCGCCCCGGAAGUACGAUCUCAAGUUCGCGAGGCAACAUCGGCAAGAAGGACACCUCCCAAAGACCCGAAUCAAGUCAGGACGUUAUACCAAGACGCGGAACUCCCCUACGCGAUCGACGACCUCGACCCACCGACCUCGACAGUCUCCUCCUUCGCGCACAUAAUCCACUAA